GAAUUUUGGAUAAAUUUGGGUUGAAAUUACGUUAGAAAUUUCUUGGAUUCUGCGCGCCUCGUGUAACGCCAGAACGAGGCUCGGUUUCUCGUCGUCUAAGUUGAUUGACUGAUGUUCAAAUAUGGCUACCUCAUUCUUGAAAAACGCUUCAUUCCUCGCUUCUUUUAACUGCAAAUCCACUCCCAACAACCAAACUAGCUGUUGAUAUUAAUUUCGAAGUCAUUUGUUUGGUUUUUAACGGGUAUUUUUGAGUUAGAAGAGCUUGGUUUUAUCGCGUGACGUCGAGGAAAUCGUCGCUUACUGUUUAUUCUUGUGCUGGUUUGAUAUGCGAUACUACAGUCAAAAUGAAUAGCAAGCCCAACGACGACUCGGGAGUUUUAGAGGUGCAGCAAGAGAUAACGACUACCGAAGAAACUCAAGGAUCUGUCCUGGAAAGUAGACCUGAGAGAAUCCGUCGAUUAAACCGAGAAAGACAGCGAAGAAGGCGAAUGAAACUGAAAAUGUCACGCCAGGAUGAACCAACCAUGGCGUCCGAAUCGAGUAGUAACGUUAACAUGAACUUAGACAACCUUGAAGCGGUGUUUGAAAACGCUAACACUGGCCAUGACAGGGACGAUAUUGAAGUAAAAACUGAUUCCGAGCAUGCAGAAACUGGUUUAGGAAAGACUAGAGCAACUAGGAGGCGGAUUUCGCGAAGGAAAAGGACCCCAGUGAAUGUUUCUUCCCCAGGAGAGACGGCUAACCAAGGUGUUAGUGAGUCGGCAAACAACGCCAUUACUGAAGUUUGUCACGGAGGACAGCUUACUACACCGAGUAACGAGCUUUCUGAAGCCACUGAUCAACUAGCUGUGCUUGUUGUGGCUAGCGAAAUCGAGGUAUUUGGUGAAAAUCCCAGUAAUAGUGGGGUUUUGAACGGCGCUGGGGAGGAGGAGAGCCACGAAAACGCUUAUGCUGACACCGGAGAAGCCAAGCGAUCAACCCGAUCAAGAAAGCGGGAAGAUGGCGAUGAAGCUCGUAUUCCUCGAAGGAAACGCUCCAGUACCAACUCCGAAGAAGAAAUCACCGUUCGCCGUGAAAAACAACGCGAGCUCAAACGAAAGCAGAAAGAAAGAAUGACGCCAGACCAAGUUGAAGCUCUUCGAGCGAGAUACAGAGAAUGGAGACGAAGGAGAAAAGAAGUUAUGACGUCCGAGCAACUUGAGAUAAUCCGACGUGGUAAUCGCGAAAGGCAAAGGCGAAGGCGCGAAAGACUUGGUGUUCGUAAACGUGCAGCUUCGACUUCUUCGCAAAGCCGGGGAGCUAGCGAAGCUGUUCUUCAAGGAAUUAGGAACAUGCAGACACAGGGAAGGAGUGCUUCGGAAGCCUCUUCAGCUGGAGAUUCUUCCAAAGGAAGCGUUUCAGAGCUUAUGACGGCGAGUGGUUUGCUCGAUGACAAGACAGCUCCAAGCAGCGUGAUGGGAAGUAAUUUGCCUUCAAAUUUGCCUACAAUGGUAACUCAUUUACAAGCUUCUAUAGCAAAUAAUCCCAACCCUCAAGUGCCAACAACAAAUAUUGUGUCUGUACCAGCAAGUUAUGCUCAACUUCAAACAACAACAAUUCCAGUAAUUGGGCCACAGGGUACGCUACUCCCAGGAAUGGCGGCUGGGACUUUUUUCCCUGGCGUUACGAUGCCUGGGAUGCAAGUGGCUGGUCUACAAGGGGCUAUUUUUCCAGGUAUGCCUGUUCCAGGAAGUGCUGCACAAGCAGGAAUAAUCCAGAGCUCUGGGAAUCAAACCAUUACUACCAUUCCAAUGUCUGGUGUUCCUGGAAUUCAAACUGCACAAGGAGGAUUUUUGUCUGGAAUACCAGUGACCAGCACGCAAGGUAAUGUACAAGGCGUACAACAAACAUAUCCUAACCUACCUGGAUUUCCAAGAGAAGGUCAAGUUCUGCAUAAUUUCCAGACGCUACUGCCUAUAACCCCUGUACAAGGACAGACACCUGGUAUGACAUUUAUAACCCAAGUACCAUUCACAAGUGCUGGCCAGUUUCAAGGAUUACCUGAUCCUAAAUAUACAGUAGCUAAUCAAGCCAGUGCUCAAGUACAAGGUUUGCCUCCUGUUACACAAUUAGUACAAGUUCCUAUUCCAGUGGAUAGUACCCCUGCUGAAGACCCAAAACCUGCAGCCACAGAGCAACCAGGACAGACCAAGGGGAAGCCUAAGACAAGAGGAAGAAAAAGGAAUACAUCUGCUGCAGAAAUGCUGGCAAGUUUGAGUAACUACGUUCCUUCAACAAGCACUCCAAUGGCGUCCAUGCUGUCAGCCCUCGCGUCGUCGGCAAGAGAUAGACAGUCAUCAUCUACACCUCAAGGAACAGAAGAAUUAACUGGCGAAAAUGCUCAGAACAAGACUAUCGUCAUAGAGGCUUCACAAGGUCAGCAAAAUCCAUCACAAGCAGCCUACGGCAUGUACGUCACUCAACCAAGAGGAAUCGAUCCCUACAUGCUUAGAACAGUUGUAUCAACAGUGCAGACUCACACUACCAUAGAUGUAAACUCCAACAAUUAUACUCUUGCUGCAACAAGUAAUGGCCCAUCCAAUAUCCCACAUAUGAAUACCUUUCUAACAGCCAUUGGAGGACCACAGCGAUCAACUGCAGUCCCUUUAACAGCAGCACAAGUGACUAGAGUCCCAGGCCAGCAUGUUGUUGAUGCCGAUAUGAUAUCUGUUGCAGUAGCAACGGACAUGAUACAGAAAGCAACCAAAGGUACCAAUACUGGUAAAGUAGAGAAUCCUGAUAGCCUUAUAUCUGUGGGAACAAUGACCGACUCCCUGUAUCGAUCCUCUGUAGCUACUAAUACUGAACUGGCCAAUAACAGUGGGGUGCCGAUAGAAAUCAAAGUUGAAACUGAUGAGGAGGUUUAAACUGCAUAUUAUAAGAUCAAGGUACUCGAACACUCAUGCCAAGGAAGAGUUGGUUGUUAUGAAGUCUAUCCAACAAAUACUCAACCUAUUAACUUGUUCUUUGAAAAAGACUCGCUAGAAGUAUUUUUAUUACAGGAUAUGACUGAUCAUACUGUAUAACAACCAAGAGAUAUCAUGGCGUCAACAUGUAUACUGGUCCAGGAACCACUACAUGGCUUAGAAGAUGUACCUACAAACGGUAAAGUAGAGCAACAUAAAAAUAACAAGUCUGGUACUUUCUUGUGAUGUGUCAUAUUAUGUUGCACAAAAGUUACCAAGUAGACUGCAAACAAUAAAUCCAUGAAACACUAAUUACUAAAUAGUACAAAAUAGUGCUAAUUAAACAAUAGAAAACAAUGGAAUUAGCAUGAAAUUGUGCUAUUUAGUAUUAAUAAAGUUUCAUGGUUAUAUUGUGUGCACUCUACUGUAUGUUUCUCCAUUAGAAGGUACUGUCAUUAUAAAAUAAUUCUAUUGAUUUAGUUAAGUUGGUGUUAUGAUACCUGUCGUUACUACUGUACUUACUGUGUUCUAGUAGAGUGCUUUGUGGGGUCAUCAAAAGUUGCAUCUUAUUUUCAAAAUUUUCAAAAUAUAAAGAUUUCUGUAGUUAAUGUUUGUGAUUUCGAAAAUUAUUAUAGUUGAAACUAACUUUUUUGGUAUUUGGUGGAUUUUAGUUUUUGCAAUAAACUUAAUUUAACUUUGAAAAUACUGUAAUGGAAAAGUUAGUGUGUCUAUUAUCCCAAGUUACUAACUCACAGAUCAAACACUGAAAUAACCUCUGGGCUGAUCUAUGUCAGGGCAUGGCUAACUCACAGAUCAAACCCUGAAAUAACCUCUGGGUUGAUCUAAGUCAGGGUAUGGCUAACUCA